AUGGUGGAUGUUUUCUUGUUUAUUUAUGUUCAUUCACUCUUUCUCUCUCUUCAUUUCGAUCUCAAAUUACCCAGGAUCAAACGGCAGAGGUAUUUUUUUUACUUACAUUAUAGACAUUCGGAGGUAAUUUUUUUCACCUUUCUUUUUACUUUCUCUCCCUUGAAUUUCCCUCGUCUAUCGUUUUGCAUACUAUGUUCACAUCUAUCUAUCUAUCUAUCUAUCUAUCUAUCUAUCUAUCUAUCUAUAUGUAUGUAUGUCUGUCUAUCUAUUUAUCUAUAUAUCACAUAUAGAAGUAAUAGUUUGAUAUCUAUCUAUCUAUCUAUCUAUCUAUCUAUCUAUCUAUCUAUCUAUCUAUCUAUCUAUCUAUCUAUCUAUCUAUCACAUGCAGAAGUAAUAGUUUGCCCUCUUUUCUCUCUCUAUAUAUAUAUCUAUAUAUCUAUCACAUGUAGAUGUAAUAAUUUGCUCUCUCUCUCUCUCUCUCUCUCUCUCUCUCUCUCUAUCUAUCUAUCUAUCUAUCUAUCUAUCUCUCUACUUCUGGAGAUAGACAUAAGUUCAGUGGGUCAUCAAGACACUCGAUGUAUUAUACUACGCGCUUCGGUUCCCAAACGUGUUACUGGUUACCUUCGCUCCGUGGUUUGA